AUGGCUAGUAAUCCAACUUCUCGGAAAAAAUUCAUCGAUUCAUCGAUAAUUUUAGCUAGAUCUUUUAAUUUCCAUGGUUUAGAUCUUUAUUGGACUUACCCUAAAUCAAAUUCAGACAUGAUCAACUUAGAAAUUCUUAUAAAAGAAUGGCGAUCCGCGAUAAUCUUGGAAGCUAAAUCAUCAAGUAAACAAGCAUUGUUACUAAGUUUAGCAGUUUAUUACAAACCAAAAAUUAAUGGUACUUUGAAUUACCCUUCAAAGUCAUUAGCAAAAAGUCUAGAUUGGAUUAAUCUAAUGGCUUAUAAUUUCACUUCUCCUAAUCUUUCGCGUGUAACGCGACCUCAUGCAGCAUUAUUAGAUCAAGAUUCUGGAAAAAAUAUUAGUGGAAGUGCUGGAAUUGAAGAUUGGAUUAAAUCUGGAAUUCCCUCUAAGAGAAUAGUAUUAGGUUUACCAUUUUUCGGUUACGCAUGGAGAUUAUUGAAUAGAAAAAAUCAUGAUUUAAAUGCACCGGCCAGAGGACCUAUUGGUGGUGGAGAUGGAUCAAAGGGGUAUAAAGAAAUAAGUGAAUUUUGUGUCAGGGCAACAAUAACAUUUGAUGCUGAUAUUGUUGAGGAAUUAUUGCUAUUUGGGAACAACAUGGAUUAA